GUCUCAGCCCGUUCUGGCCGCUCCCCGACUCUCUGCAGACCCCCGCGGGUGCCCCCGGCCUCUUCGCCUGGGCCUGCCUGGGCCUGCUGCCCUGCUGCAACAGCCCCGCCCCCAACCUCUUCCCGCCUUUGCCGAGCUGGGCCCUCAGGCCCCCUACAAUGGGGCCCCCAGGCCCUCCAAUGAAGUUCCCAUCCGCCUCUCCUUGGGAUCCCAGUGCUGACCUCCUUUGACCCGCACUGAAACAGGCCUCCUUUUCCCCCCCCCCCCCUACCCCGCGCCACCUCCAUCCUAGGGCUAUCCCUUUCUGAUACCCGAACUUCUACCCCGUCUCUAGGUUACCCCAUCGUCCCAGCCUGUACCCCUGCCGGGUCUCCUAACCCGAACUUUUCUUGCUUUCAUCUUUUUCUUGUCAUCCUCUCCCUCUUCUCUCUGGCCCAUUACCAUCCCAUCCUUCUCAUUCCCUCCUCUCCCGAGAUAUUCGGUUAAGCAUGGUUUAGAGGCAGGAAGCAAAGGUUGGGGUGAGGGCCUUGUCUCUCCUCCAUUCUCUUUCUCCUGUCCUUCUCUCCGAGCAUUCCAGAAACAGCGGAACAGAGCCGCCAGGAAGGAUGGGAACACCUGGUGCAGCCCUAUCUUGCAGAGAAAACAGGCUCAGCGACAAAAAGGGGUUGGCCUAUGAUCCUAUAGCCAGUUCUGUACCUUCAAGUUGAUAGGACACUGUGCCUACUGAGUCUUCUGUCACUUUUACAAACAGGGAAACUGAGGUUUGGGGGUACGAAGGGCCUGGGUACAAUGCCAAAGGUAGGACCAAGCAGAGGUGGAGGUCUUAGUGAUGUCCUGAAUCUAGCUAGCCUGGAGGGGCCUGAACCCUGCUCACGUGGUCUGACCCCUCCUUUGUCCUGUAAAUCUGUUCCUCAAAAUCUCUUUGCAGCCCCAAGCCCCAUGGUGGCUUUGGACCCUUAGCCCUGGCUUCAGAUCUUGGCAGCCAUAACUUACUGGCUCUAUAAGUGAUGGGCAAAUUACUCCACCCUCUGAACGUUAGCUACUGUUUAUGGUUUUGGUACCAGGUUCAUGGCCACCAGUGACCUGAUGACAGAGCUGCAGAAAGAGUCCAUCCAGCUGGAUGAGGACAGCGAGCGCAAGGUGGUCAGGACGUUGCUGCGGCUCCUGGAGGACAGGAGCGGGGAGGUGCAGAACCUGGCUGUCAAGUGCCUGGGUCCCUUGGUGGGCAAAGUGAAGGAGUACCAAGUGGAGACCAUUGUGGACACCCUCUGUGCCAACAUGCGGUCAGACAAAGAGCAGCUCCGGGACAUCGCUGGCAUUGGCCUGAAGACAAUCCUCUCUGAGCUGUCUCCUGCUGCCCCAGGCUCAGGGCUGGCUAUCAAUGUGUGCCGCAAGAUCACAGGCCAGCUCACCAGUGCCAUCGCCCAGCAGGAGGACGUGGCUGUGCAGCUGGAAGCCCUGGACAUCCUCUCCGACAUGCUGAGCAGGCUGGGCGCCCCACUGGGCGCCUUCCAUGCAAGCCUGCUGCAGUGUCUGCUGCCCCAGCUGAGCAGCCCACGCCUGGCGGUCCGCAAGCGUGCCGUUGUGGCACUCGGUCACCUGGCAGCCUCCUGCAGCACCGACCUCUUCGUGGAGCUCGCUGAUCACCUGGUGGACCGUCUGCCUGGCCCACGUGCGCCCGCCAGCCCUGCAGCCAUUCGUACCCUGAUCCAGUGUUUGGGCAGCGUGGGCCGCCAGGCUGGCCAUCGCCUGGGGGCCCACCUGGCUCGCCUGGUACCCUUGGUGGAAGAGUUCUGCAACCUGGAUGACGAUGAGCUCAGAGAGUCCUGCCUGCAGGCCUUCGAGGCCUUCCUAAGGAAGUGCCCCAAGGAGAUGGACCCUCAUGUACCUAAUGUGACCAACCUCUGCCUCCGGUACAUGAAGCAUGACCCCAACUACAGUCAUGACAGUGAUGAGGACGAAGAGCAGAUGGAGACCGAGGACAGUGAAUUCAGUGAGCAAGAGAGUGAGGAUGAGUACAGUGAUGAUGACGACAUGAGCUGGAAGGUGCGCCGAGCAGCAGCCAAGUGCAUGGCAGCCCUGAUCAGCUCACGUCCGGACCUCUUGCCCGACUUCCACUGUACUCUGGCGCCAGUGCUCAUCCGCCGCUUCAAGGAACGGGAGGAGAACGUCAAGGCAGACAUCUUCGGGGCUUACAUCAAGUUGCUGCGACACACACGGCCCCCUAAGGGAUGGCUAGAGGCCGUGGAGGAGCCCACCCAGACUGGCAGCAACCUCAAUAUGCUGCGGGCACAGGUACCCCUAGUGAUAAAGGCCCUGCAGCGGCAACUUAAGGAUCGGAAUGUUCGCACCCGCCAGGGCUGCUUCUACCUCCUCACCGAGCUGGCAGGCGUCCUCCCUGGCAGCCUGGCAGAGCACAUGCCAGUGCUGGUAUCAGGCAUUGUCUUUUCACUGGCUGACCACUCUAGUUCCUCCACCAUUCGGAUGGAUGCCCUGGCCUUCCUGCAGGGGCUUCUGGGUACAGAGCCAGCUGAGGCCUUCCACCCACACCUGCCCACCCUCCUACCGCCUGUGAUGUCCUGUGUGGCUGACCCUUUCUACAAGGUGGCAGCUGAGGCCUUACUGGUGCUCCAGGAGUUGGUGAGGACCCUGUGGCCACUGGCUAGUCCUCGGCUGCUGGACCCUGAGCCAUACGUUGGAGAGAUGUCCACAGCUACCUUGGCACGGCUCCGCGCUACUGACCUAGACCAGGAGGUGAAGGAACGGGCCAUCUCUUGUGUGGGCCACCUUGUAGGUCACCUUGGUGACCGGCUUGGGGAUGACCUGGAGCCCACACUUAUGCUUCUCUUGGACCGCCUACGGAAUGAGAUCACCCGGUUGCCUGCUGUCAAGGCACUGACCCUGGUGGCCAUGUCCCCAUUGCAACUUGACCUGCAGCCCAUCCUGGCCGAGGCACUGCCUAUCCUGGCUUCAUUUCUGCGCAAAAAUCAGCGGGCACUGCGGCUGGCCACGCUAGCUGCCCUGGAUGCUCUGGCUCAGAGUCAAGGCCUUGGCCUGCCUCCACCUGCUGUGCGGGCUGUGCUGGCUGAGCUGCCUGCUCUGGUCAGUGAGAACGAUAUGCAUGUGGCCCAGCUGGCUGUCGACUUCCUUGCCACUGUGACUCAGGCCCAGCCCACCUCUCUGGUGGAAGUCAGCGGGCCUGUUCUGGAGGAGCUGCUGCGGUUGCUGCAUUCACCCUUGCUGCCUGCUGGGGUGCUGGCAGCCACUGAAGGCUUCCUACAGGCGCUGGUGGGAACCCGCCCUCCAUGUGUGGAGUACGCUGAGCUCAUUAGCCUGCUCACUGCACCUGUCUAUAACCAGGCUGAGGAUGAAGGACCCGGCCUGCACAAACAGGUGUUCCACUCACUGGCCCGGUGUGUGGCUGCCCUCUCAGCUGCCUGUCCCCAGGAGGCGGCCGGCACUGCCAGCCGCCUGGUCUGUGAUGCCAGGUCGCCCCACUCAAGCACAGGGGUCAAAGUCUUGGCAUUCCUGUCACUGGCUGAGGUGGGCCAGGUGGCUGGGCCAGGCCCCCAGAGAGAGCUGAAGACCGUGCUUCUGGAAGCCUUGGGAUCUCCCAGUGAGGACGUGAGGGCUGCAGCCGCAUAUGCCCUGGGCCGUGUGGGUGCUGGCAACCUGCCUGACUUCCUGCCCUUCCUGCUGGCACAGAUUGAGGCCGAGCCCCGGCGACAGUACCUGCUGCUGCAUUCACUCAGGGAGGCCCUGGGGGCCGCCCAGCCUGACAACCUGAAGCCCUAUGUCGAGGAUGUCUGGGCACUACUCUUUCAGCGCUGUGAGAACCCUGAGGAAGGCACUCGGUGUGUGGUGGCUGAGUGCAUCGGGAAGCUAGUGUUUGUGAACCCUCCCUUCCUCCUGCCUCGAUUCCGGAAACAGCUUGCCGCAGGUAAGCCAUACACCCGGAGCACGGUCAUCACUGCAGUCAAGUUCCUCAUCUCGGACCAGCCCCACCCCAUCGACCCCCUCCUGAAGAGCUACAUUGCAGAGUUCAUGGAAAGCCUACAGGACCCAGACCUGAAUGUGCGCCGGGCCACACUCACUUUCUUCAACUCAGCUGUGCACAAUAAACCAUCAUUGGUCCGGGACCUGUUGGAUGACAUCCUACCCCUCCUCUACCAGGAGACCAAGAUCCGCCGGGACCUCAUCCGAGAGGUGGAGAUGGGGCCCUUCAAGCAUACAGUAGAUGAUGGGCUAGACGUGCGGAAGGCAGCCUUCGAGUGCAUGUACUCGCUGCUGGAGAGCUGCCUGGGCCAGCUGGACAUCUGCGAGUUUCUGAACCACGUGGAGGAUGGGCUGAAGGACCACUAUGACAUCCGAAUGCUGACCUUCAUCAUGCUGGCCCGGCUGGCCACUCUUUGUCCUGCACCUGUCCUGCAGAGGGUAGACCGGCUCAUUGAGCCGCUCAAAGCCACCUGUACUGCCAAGGUCAAGGCUGGUUCUGUGAAGCAGGAGCUGGAGAAGCAGGAGGAGUUGAAGCGCUCAGCAAUGCGGGCAUUGGCCGCCCUGCUGACCAGCCCUGAGGUACGGAAGAGCCCCAGUGUGGCUGAUUUCUCUGCCCAGAUCCGGUCCAACCCAGAACUCACCACCCUCUUCGAGAGCAUCCAGAAAGACUCAGCCUCUGCUCCCAGCAUGGAUUCUGUGGAACUCAGCUAGCUGUCCCCAACACAUGUACCUGCCUCCCUUCCCCCACAGGCCUUGGCCUCUCCUGCCCUUCCCAGUCAGCCUCAGUGCCUUUGUUAGGGCCUGUACUCACAGGCCUCAGCCCCAGUGCCAGAGCUGGGCCGUUAACUCAGGACAGUCAUUCACAGAUGGGGUAACGGUCCACCACCUUACACUGCCCCUCUCCACUUGCUUUGGACUGUAGCAUUGGAUUGUAGGAGUUGUCUUCCUAUUUCAUUUACUCUGGACUCCACAUGUCAGAAGUCAGCACCCUGGCCAAGGUGGGGCUGUGUAGAGCCCAGGCAAGCUCUGGGCCUGGGCCCAAGAGACACAGUGUAUGCUUCCUAAAACUCAGAAUGCCUCAUUUCUAAGAAUUGUUUCUAGGGAAGAUGGUAUGGAUCACUAGAUAGGCUUGGGCCUGGGUGUCAAACACCUCUAACCUCCAUCACCAAGAGGUGUAACAGUUUAUAUUCUUCCCACGGUGUGUAGUGGUUAGUACUGAAAAUCCAAGUCUAAAUGACUGGCCAGAACCACCUCAACCCCCCCCCCCAACCCCCCAGCAGCAUUUGUGUGUAGCCAGGCUGUUGUGGAACUCACUCUGUAGACCAGGCUGGCCUAUAGAAAUCCGUCUGCUUCUGUGUGGGAUUAAGGACGUGUGCCACCACUACCAGCUGAGGCUAGUUUUGUGAUCUGAAUAAAGAACAGAUUUAACAUUC